CUCAUUCUGCUCUUAUUCUGUUGCGAUGACUGUUGUGUCUUUGUUUCCCCUCCUCCGUCUUCCACGUAACAACCUGAAAACUGUAAUACUGAAUAUGGGAGCUAUCGAACAAGUGUGUAUCUCCCUGCUUUCCAACAAAACUAAGCAACUCAUCAGAGAUUUUGGCACCUUCAAAAAAAUAAAAUUAUAUAUUGGAUUUUCUGGAUUCGUGGAGUUUAUGUUUUCCGACUCUAAUAGAAAUUCUUACUAUUGUGUCUUGAAAAACGGAACAACUAGCAUCUACCGCGGCAACAAAACACCCCAACCGGAAGCAAUGUUUCCAGUACCACAGUUUGAUGCAAAAAGCUGGUUUAAUCACUUUCUCUAUGUCCUGAAUGUUUCAAAAAUUGAAGGUCUAGAAUUUUCAGCUGAUCCCCUUUCCCCAAUGGAGCACACCAUUGAACUCAUUAAAACACUUCCACCAACCGAAUCGCUCUUCCUAGGAUAUGCUCGUCACCGUUCUUUGAGUUCGUCCCAACUUGUUGCACUACGUCAAAUUUGGACACCUGAAUACCAACAUGUUUUUCUACCAGCCGACUACUCUUUAAAUGACCUACUAUGCACCAGCUGUUCAUGCAUCGAUUUACGCGAUUCACUGUUAACGGAAAAGGAUAUCAAUGUGUUCUUGAAACAUUUGGCGGCUGGAUUGUUGCCAGAACUACAGACGUUUGGUUUUAAUUCACAUAGGCCUAAUUACGAUCGAAGCAUGAUUCUGAAAGGAAUACCCUUUGAAGAUACACCAGCCGACAGAAAAUUGCGAUUGCCACCCGGAAACGCUUCAAACUACGCAGUAGAUAUACAACUGGCCGAAGGAAACAAAGCAACUAUAGUUUUCAAAGAUGUUCAUAAAUUCACACCAAUCUUGGUCUCUGUGGAUUGAUAAAUCAAAAUUCAUUUCAUUCGAAUAAAGUCUUGUUAUACAUAUG